AUGGCAAAUGUCACUGACAGCUUGUUGGCAGGGUUCAUCUUGGUGGGCUUCUCUGACCGACCCAGAUUGGAGAUGGUGCUCUUUGGGGUUGUCUUCGUCUUCUACCUCCUCACCCUAUUUGGCAACAUGACCAUCAUCCUCCUGGCGGCCCUGGACCUUCGACUCCACACCCCCAUGUAUUUCUUCCUCACCAACCUCUCUUUCCUGGACCUCUGCUACACCACCAGUUCCAUCCCCCAGAUGCUCUACAACCUGCGGGGGCCAGACAAGACCAUCUCAUACCUGGGCUGUGCCAUUCAGCUCUACUUUGUCCUAGCCUUUGGGGGUGUGGAAUGCGUCCUGUUGGCGGUCAUGUCUUAUGACCGCUACGCUGCCAUCUGCCAGCCUCUCCGUUACAGCGUCAUAAUGUCCCCACGACUCUGUGGCUGGCUGGCCUCCCUGGCCUGGUUGAGUGGGAUGGGAAACUCUCUGGUCAUGACCCCCCAGACCCUACUCCUUCCCCGUUGCGGCCACCGCCGAGUGGACCACUUCCUGUGUGAGAUGCCCGCUCUGAUUGGCCUGGCCUGUGUUGACACCUUGUCGCUUGAAGGCCUGGCCUUUACGCUGGGCAUCUUAAUCGUCCUUGCCCCACUGAUGCUAAUUCUGGCCUCCUACAUCUUCAUCACUCGGGCCGUGCUGAGGAUCAAGUCGGUGGUCGGACGGCGGAAGGCUUUCAACACCUGUGGCUCUCACCUCACUGUGGUGUGUCUCUUCUAUGGCACCAUCAUCUAUGUGUACCUGCAGCCGGCUGACAGUCCUUCUCAGGACCAGGGCAAGUUCCUCACACUCUUCUACACCAUCAUCACCCCUUGUGCCAAUCCCCUCAUCUACUCCCUGCGGAACAAAGAUGUCAAAGGGGCUCUGAAGAAGGUGUUUGGGAGGGGAGGGGAGCCUGGAGGUGCCUGA